AUGGGCCUUUUGAAGUUCACUUUAGGCUUAAUUCCUUUCUUUUUCUCUUAUCUGAUCUCAAAGAAACUGAUCAUUCUGCUUUCAGUUGGUAAGUAAAUAUUAUUGAGUACCCUACACUAUCCUACCCUACCCUACUUUACAGUAUGUUCUUCCAUACAGUAAACCCUAUCUUACAGUAUGCUUUAACCUACAGUACGCUUUAUUUUAUAAUAUACCUCUUCCUACAGUAUACUUUGUCCUACCCUACCCUAGAUUUUGCCCUUUUUCCCCCACCUCACUCUGCCUUACUUUACCCUAACCGUACCCCACGCCCUGCCUGCCUUAACCGGGUUCUACGCCCUGUCAACUUCUGCCCUUCCCUGCCUUUUGUUACAGUUUCACGUUACUUUUCUCUACCCUACGCUGACCGCCUUUACUUUACCCUAGGCCUCCCAACCCCUAAAUUUGCCCUGUCCUCCUUAAAGUCAAACUUUCAUUUCCAGGAACGGCCUGUGCCUGUUGCUGGUCGCUAAUAGCAGCUACAACAAUACUGUCGCUUAACGACAGCAUUGUGGUUACUGUAAUGGGUUUAAUGGUGACAGCUUCAAUGGAUCCGACUUGGAAGAUUAGUCAUUUAUACUCGGUAGAGUUGUUUCCAACUGCUGUGAGAAACAUGGCCAGAGGGGCUUGUAAUGUCACUGCUAGGCUUGGCAGUAUGAGUGGGCCAUUGGUAAGGUUUUUAAAAUAGAAAAGCAGGGUAGAUUAAGGUAUGGCAGGGUAGGUAAGGCAAGGUAAAGCAGAAUAGGGUAAGGUAAAGUAGUGUAGGGUACGGUAGAGCAAGGCAGGGUAGAUUAUGACCAGAUAGGAAAGGGCAAUCCACAGUAGGGUACGGUACGGAAAUUGUAGAGUAGGGCUUGGGAUAAGGCUGGAGCAGAGUAAGGUAGGGAGAGCAAGAUAGAGUAAAGUACAGUACGGCCUAAACAAUUUAUUUUUUAGAUAAUCCUAAUGAGGUCAGUAAACCCAUCUCUACCGUACUGGUUAUUCGCCGUACUAUUAACCUUACAAUGGUUAGUAUUGGCCCUAUUUAUGCCCAGCAAAUCGGCCGAUGAACUACCAGAAAGUAUGCCAAAUCGAUCCAAAAAAGAGCUUAAAUUAUUGGAAAACGCGUAA